AUGAAUGUCAACAACAACCAAUUAAUAGGUUACUCAACUUAAGUAAGAAUAUAUAUUAAUUUUUUAGCUAAAGGAGAAAACAGAUGCAUCUAAACUUAAACAUUCGAUUAAAGAAUAAAAAAAUAUGGUAAUCGAUGGUGACAUGAUUAAUGAAUAUGUAAAAGUAGUUCAUACACAAUAUUCUAAUGGGGAUAAGAAAGUUAAAUGCACCUAUAAGACACAAUUAAAUUGA